AUGGCGGCCGGCGGCGGGGCCCCGUGGGCGGAGCGGGCCCGGGUGGUGGGGACACAGAUCCGCAACAGGUUCCGCGUGGCGCCCGUGGAUCGCCGGUGGCUGUGGCGCCGGCCUGACGGCCGCGUCGCCACCGAGGCGGUCCGGCGCUGGUCGGAUCGCGUUCGGACCCUGCUGCAGAGAGACCGGGCCGCGGAUCAGAGCUCCACCUCGACGGAGACGACUAUUGGGGCGGCGGCGAAGCCCUCGUCCAGUGCUUUGAGAUUCUACAGGAAGAAAGUGGGCAAAGAGGUUGAUGGUAUUGAAGACUCUGUUAUUUUCCGUUCAUUCCAAGCAUUGGCUGUUCCUCUUAUUGGCAAUGCCUGCUAUGUUUUUAUGCAUGGCCUUAAUUCCGUCCAGAUUUAUGGUGCAGAGAAGCUUCAUCAGGCAUUACAAGAGAGACCUAAAGGCAAACCGCUUCUAACGGUCAGCAAUCAUGUGGCAGCAAUGGAUGACCCAUUUGUAAUUGCCUCCCUUCUCCCACCAUCUGUUAUGUUGGAAGCGCAAAAGCUGAGAUGGACACUAUGUGCGACUGAUCGUUGCUUUACAAAUCCAGUUCUGUCUACAUUCUUCAGGUCUGUUAAGGUGUUACCUGUUUCUCGCGGUGAUGGUAUCUACCAAAAGGGAAUGGAUAUGGCUCUUUCAAAGCUGAACAGUGGUGGAUGGGUUCAUAUAUUUCCAGAAGGAAGUCGUUCAAGGGAUGGAGGGAAAACUAUUGCUCCCUCAAAGAGAGGUGUUGGAAGAUUGGUUAUGGAUGCUGACAGCCUUCCAGUUGUAAUACCCUUUGUCCAUACUGGGAUGCAGGAUAUAAUGCCUGUUGGAAAACGUAUCCCAAGAGCAGGGAAACAGGUGAUUGUGAUUGUGGGUGACCCAAUCAACUUCGAUGACCUGAUUAUUGACAACAGCGAUGACACUCAACAUCUCUCUAGAGGUAUCUUGUAUGAUAAAGCAACACAAAGAAUUGGGCAGCGGUUGCAGGAACUGAAGGUUGAAGUUGACAGACUUGCAUCAGAGCAGCAAUCUGAGCUCCAAAAUCAUCACAUACAAAAUGUGAGCGAUGAUGGAUUCAGGCUGUGGCAGCAGGUUGAUUGGGAAGGAUUUGGCAUAGGGAGUUCCAUGUUACCAUCAGAACCUUCAUUUGUCCAGAAGCAAUCAAAGGAAGCUGAGCCCGAACCACCCCUGGAAGUGGAACAGAGCCUUUCUCCAGCCCCAAGUGCAGCGAUCUCAUUCAAUGUUCCACACUGGUUCCAGCGUCACGUGGAUCCUUCUGAGCUCAUGGGGUUUGCUGCGCGUGGCCUGAUCAAGAAUGGGAAAUUCUUAGAGGAAUGUUACAGGGAACUCCAAGAACCAGCUACACUGAACAGCUGGUGGCGGUCUCAGGCUUGCAAUGCUGUGCCAAGAUGGAGCACUGCCUGACUCAGACCGCACUCCCCCUCCCUUUGUACAUAAAUCUCAGACAAUUUUGACAGAUUCCAUUUUCUCUCCUUCAUAGAAUUCUGAAAGUUGGGGCUUGGGUGAUGACUGUCGGCUCCAUACAAUACAAUGUCUUACAGAGGUUGUAGGUGUUAUUUGGGUUUUGGGCAGACUAUACUUUUUUAUGUAAUGUGAAUGCCAUCUUCCAUCUACUCGAUGAAAAUGGUUCAAAUGCACAGCUAUGGAAUCUCAAGUUUCAAUAUUACAUUUCUGAUCAUUUACCGGAAA